AUGAGUAGUACAUCUGUGAAACAUCGCGAAUUCGUUUCCGAACCAAUGGGGGAGAAAGAAGUAACAGCUGUUGCUGGUAUUGGGCCUACCUAUGGUGAAAAAUUGAGUAAGGCUGGUUUUGAUAAGGAAGUAGCUGGAGUCAGCAGCAAUCACGCUUUAUCAGCUUAUAAUUGCUUAAACGAAUGGAGUGAGCAGUACAUUUAA